GUUAUUUGUAGACCAACCUCGACUAAGUUAACACCAUGAGAGUAAGUAAAAGAGUCGAGAGUAUAAUCAGCUUGUACAAUAACAUGAAUGUUCGACAGAUAGCACUUGUGGUUUUGGUCGUCGCCGCGGCCGUUCACGGCGAUGACGCUCCGUACCCGCCUUCAGGAUGGAAACCGGAGGGAGCUCGUUUGGCUCUUCCGAAUGAAGGAUCGGGACAGUACGGGCCGCCGACCAACGAAUACGGACCACCGCAGAACGGAAAUCAGCCGCCUUCUAAUGGAUACGGUCCGCCGCCUUCCAAUGGAUACGGUCCGCCACCUUCCAAUGCAAACCCACCGCCUUCUAAUGGAUACGGUCCGCCACCAUCCAGCGGAAACCCGCCGCCAUCCAAUGGAUACGGUCCGCCACCUUCCAAUGCAAACCCACCGCCUUCCAAUGGAUACGGUCCGCCACCUUCCAACGGAAACCCACCGCCUUCCAAUGGAUACGGUCCGCCACCUUCCAAUGCAAACCCACCGCCUUCCAAUGGAUACGGUCCGCCACCUUCCAACGGAAACCCACCGCCUUCCAAUGGAUACGGUCCGCCACCUUCCAAUGCAAACCCACCGCCUUCCAAUGGAUACGGUCCGCCACCUUCCAACGGAAACCCACCGCCUUCCAAUGGAUACGGUCCGCCACCUUCCAAUGCAAACCCACCGCCUUCCAAUGGAUACGGUCCGCCGCCUUCCAACGGUUACGUCCCACCACCCAACGAAUAUGGACCACCAAGCAGCGAUUCUGCCGGUCAAGCCACUCAAAACGAAACCGAUCUGGAAAAGGCGAACGAGAGAUUGAUGGAGAGGCUCAGAUCUGUUGAAGGUUCAGACAGAGGCGUUUACUAUGUUUACCUACCCGACGGAAGGCUCCAGCGCGUACAGUACACAACAGCACCUCUUCGAAAAGCCCCUUCGGGCAACACCAACCAUCCGAGCUUUCAGAACAAUCAGCAGUCGAACACGCAGUUCGUGCUAGGAAGCCACCAGACCAACUUCCAAGAAAACGAGCAGGUCUUGCCUCAUCAUUACCAGAGGGCGUUGGAACAACAGUUCGCACGUCUCCAGUCCAACAACGGCCACAGCCAGGAACCGGAGCCAUCGGGCCAUCCCAGCAACCUUUUCGCUAGGUACAAUGCUCAGCAGUAAAAUAGUUCUAAACAAGUGAUGCCCGUUUUUUUCCAUCAGGAGCCUUUUGUAACUAAUCGAUUUGUCCGUUCUGCCUGUAAUUUUUAAUUUGCAUAAGUACAUAUUUUAUUUUUGUUAUAAUAAAGAAAUAAUUUAUGGUA